AUGCGGGUGUUCUAUUUCUUACCUCUAUGGCUGCUGGUGCACGCUGUGGCUGCCGCCAGCUCCCAGUGCAAAUGUGCUCCCUCGGACCCCUGGCCUUCUAGAAGUGAUUGGUCUUAUCUGAACGAGACCGUCUCGGGCCGCUUGAUCAAGACAAUCCCCCCCGGCUCCAUUUGCUACCAGGACGAGCCGAAUUACGACAAGUCGGCUUGUGACGCCUUGCGGAAGAAUUGGACAGACUCGCGUUAUCAUUCGUCAAGCCCUGUCACAGUGUCCGAUCCUCUGUGGUCGAACAGCAGCUGCACUCCCAUCUAUCCGAAUGGCACUAGCAUCUCCGGCGACCCUUAUGCUGGUGUUAAGGGAUGCUCGUUGGGAUACCUGUCUCCGUAUGUUGUGAAUGCAACUACCGCGCAACAUGUGCAGGCGGCCUUGGGAUUUGCAAAGAAGCACAAUAUCAGGCUCAACAUUAAGAACACUGGACAUAACCCUGAGAAGAGUUAUGGAAGUCUAUCGGUCUGGACCCACAACAUGAAGAACAUUACAAUCCAUCCCUCGUUCACACCAGCCAAAUGUGAUUCUGCGGAGAGCCACGAUGCUGCAACUCUCGGCGCUGGAGUCCAGGAUGGGGAGAUCAUCCAGUAUAUUGCAAAGAAGAACAUGACGACUGAUGUCGGCGUUACCGGCUGGGCAACCGGAGGUGGUCAUGGUGUCAUAACUGGCACCUACGGCAUGGGCGCUGAUAAUGUCAUCGAGGCUCGGAUUGUCACUCCGGGAAGUGCCAUCGUCACUGCUAACGAAUGUGAGAACAGCGACCUGUUCUGGGCUAUCCGAGGCGGCGGCGCUGGCUUCGGCGUUAUUCUCAGUCUCACCGUCAAGAUCUAUCCAAUGCCGUCCCUGUCGGUAGCCUCGGUGAGCAUCAGUGCUCGCAAUGGGACAUCCUCUACGACGUUCUGGAAGGUUAUCGCCACCCUCCACAGGGAUUUUGUCAAGCUCCAGGAUUCAGGUGUGAUGGGCUAUUACACCGCCAGUGGUCCGCCUUACAGCUUCCAAUAUACCAUGUUCCAGCUGGAUUCGACCAACACAAGCUCUAUCGACCAGUUGAUUACCCCACUAAAGAAGCACCUGGGAACAUACAAUGGCAGUGUUGAGUCUUCGUCGUUCACCUCGUGGAUGCCCUCCUGGUACUCUAUCGAGAAACUGUAUCCGACAGGUGGCGACGCUGGUACAACCCGUGGUGUCCGGGCGAGUCGGCUGCUAACUCGCAAGGCGGUUGAAGACACAGAGAUGCUGGCAAGCACGCUGGAGAUUGUUGCGUCGCGAGACAAGGACUCUCCAGAUGGAGUCUCGAGUCCUUCGCUCUCGGGCACCAUGACUAUCAGCCAACGACCCGUCGACAAUGCCCUGAACCCGGCAUGGCGGGAUGCGGCCGUGCAUUUGAUCAGCAGUGUGUCAUGGGAUGACACCCUUCUCUAG